AUGGACUCCACCGUGCUCUCAAGGGAAGAACAAGAGGAGCUUGUUCGUAGCAAGAAAAAAGUAAAGGAUGUGAGCCAUGAGGGCUAUCGAGGAAGACAAGAGUCAGUCUUGAAGCCUCCAUACCGUGAGCAGGGAGGGUGGAGUGAGGCAAACUCUUUUAAGGAUAAACUUAUUGGAGAUAUACCGGGGGCUUACACCCAAGCUUUCAACUUUAGCGACAUCAUGGAGGAUGAUGAGGAAUCGGAUGAGGAGGUUGAAAACCUCCGAGAAGGGCUUGUGGCCGUUAAACUAUCCAAGGACUUCAAGAAGAAGAUCCGUACGCCAUGGACAAGGGCCCUCAUUGUCAAGGUCUAUGGUAGGGGGGUGGGUUUAAGUUUCCUACAUAGCAGAUUGUUAGCCAUGUGGAAGCCCGCCGGAAGACUUGACUGUGUGGACUUGGAGCAGGGAUUUUUUCUGACUAGAUUUUACUUGAAAGAGGAUUAUGAAGCUAUCCUUCAGAGGGGACCUUGGUUCAUUGGAGAACAUUUCCUCUCCAUUAGACCAUGGGAACCAAACUUUCGACCGGAAUCGGCAAACGUUACAUCGGUGGCCGUCUGGAUUAGACUUAACGGAUUGCCAAUCGAGUACUACAACUCGGAAGCUGUUUUACAAAUUGGAAAGUCCAUUGGCAACGUAUUACGGGUCGACACCCACACUGCGAACGAAGCUAGAGGCAGGUUUGCUAGACUCUGUGUGCAGAUCGAUGUGGAAAAACCGUUGGUGACGGCGGUGUUAAUAGGGAGGUUUGAACAAUCGGUUUGCUAUGAAGGCAUCCAGAAAUUAUGUUUCUCCUGCGGCAGAUUGGGCCACAAGAAGGAAACCUGUCCGUACACGGUCUGA